AUGAAGUCUGCUAUUGCUGCUAUUCCUUUCCUCCUCAUGGGAUCCUCCAUGGCCGCUCCUCUUGAGAAGCGCGCCUGUCCCAACAUCCACGUCUUCGGUGCUCGUGAAACCACCGCACCUGCUGGUUAUGGAUCCGCCGGCACUGUUGUCAACCUCAUCUUGAACGCACACCCCGGCGCCACGUCCGAAGUCAUCAACUACCCAGCUGCUGGAGGCAACAGCUAUGCUUCCUCUGUCCAGGCUGGAGUCAAGGCUGUCACCAACCAGAUCAACAGCUUCGCUGCUUCUUGCCCCAACACUCAAUUGGUCUACGUUGGUUACAGCCAGGGAGCCCAGAUUGGUGAUGACGCUAUCUGCGGUGGUGGUGACCCCAACCAGGGCAUUUCCAGCACUGCUGCUCCUAUCUCAGCUGCUAUCGGCAACAAAAUCAAGGCUAUCAUCUUCAUGGGCGACCCCAGAAACAUCCCUGGUGGCCCUUACUCCGUCGGCACCGCCAAGAACCCUGGUUUCGACCCAAGACCUUCGGGCUACACUUGCUCUGCGUAUGCAAGCAGAAUCCAGUCUUACUGCGACUCUGCCGACCCUUACUGCUCGAACGGAAACAACCCCAACGUCCACCAAGGCUAUGGUCAGGAGUACGGUCAGGCUGCUCUCAAGUUCGUCAACAGCAAGCUUUCCUAA